AAGACAGACAGUAUGCUGCCUGCUGUUGUAAAGCUCUGCUGUGGAAUCUCCUACCCACAUCUGAGGACUAUGGCAGCUGUGGCAGUGAUAGGCCAGGAGAUCACACAUCUGCAGAGAUGGGGGCAGAUCCAACAUCACAUGAGAACGGAUGCUGGUUUUAAGAGUAAUGAGACCAAACCUGAAGAUUUAAAGCCCAAGCCUGUGAAAGAAGAUCAGCUGUUCUAUGUACAACAAGGGCAGGAGGCAAUGAGGAAGGCUCUCACUAUGUUGGAGGACAAAGACGGAUGGAAAGUUGAGAACACAGAGAGCAAUGGGGAUGUGAUCUGUAGCAAAGUGAUGCCAGGGGCCAGGAAGGUCUUCAGGCUGGAGGCGGUACUGGAGGCCAGCAUCGAUGACCUCUAUGACCUCUUGUUUGUCAGAGUGGAGGACAUGCACCAGUGGAACCCGAGCAUACAGCAUCUUAAAGUUCUGAAGCACAUUGGACCUGAAACCAUUAUCACUCAUGAAGCUUCAGCUGAGACAGCAGGAAAUCUGAUUGGCCAAAGGGAUUUCUUGAGUGUAAGACACAGUUACAGACAAAACUCCAGCGUUUAUCUUGGAGGAGCAGCAAUUCAGCUGGAGUCCUUUCCACCCCAAGCAGGCUUUGUGAGAGCUGAGAAUGGACCAACCUGCAUCAUCAUACAACCUGUGGAUGAGGACCCAAGAAAAAGUCACUUCACAUGGCUUCUUAAUAUGGAUGUAAAGGGCUGGCUGCCAAAGUCCAUUGUCAAUCAGGCUUUGCCCCGAGCACAGCUGGAUUUCACAAGACACCUCCGCAGGCAUCUCACAGCGAGUGCAUCAUCACUCACAGGGGAAGACAGGAAUAUAGAGACACGGUGACAGUCUGACUGCUCAGCAGGACACUGCCCUUUCAGCAAUAGCAGAAACGCUUCCGGGAGGAGACGCUCUGCAGAGCACAGCUGGCAGACACCAGUGUCGACCACCCAGUGCCAGCCUGGAAGAAGAACAAGACUUAUAAUAGGAAUUAAUGUCACAGUGUACCACUCAAACCUCAAGUUUUCCUGAGGAGGAGCCAUCACUUGUCUGUUGACACAUGACUAACUACAUGAGCCCCUGCAUAUGACUGGAUG